AUGGCGCAUGGAGAGCCAGAUGUUGCCCUCUGCAUCCAGGCAUCCGCCGUCAAUCUUGACCAUUUUCCCGGCAGCGUCCUUUGCGGCAAAGUCUGGGAGGGAACGGGGGGACCAGAAAAGCCGCCUGUUAGACAGCUCGCCUCCCGGCCCAACGUCGAACUUCGAAAGCCCUUCUCCGAAAGUUUCGGCAACAAACAGGCUUUUGCCGUCCCUGGCAAUUACCAGCGCGUUGGGGAAGACAAGGUUCUCUGCGGCCACCUUGGCAGUACGGUCUGUAUCUAUCACGAUAAGACGGCCUGGCGAAGGGUCCUCACCAUGGAGAACCCGAGCCCCUGUAUCAUCUAA